ACACCACUCGCAAGCACAGCAGCGUCACACUACCUAAGCAACAAAGAUGGGCCGCCGCACCGGAGCCAGCCUACUCCGUGCCCUGCUGUUUGCGUCGCUCUUCGCGGGGUUCGCGGCGCAUCUCGCCGCGGGGGAGAAGGACUGCUACGACGAGAAGGACAUGAUCAUGAGCAUCUGCAUAGAGAGCAUCAAGAAGCAGGGCUUCUACACGCCCCCAAGCCCGGACUGCAGCAAAGAGGUGAAGAAGGUCGACAUGCCCUGCAUCUGCCGCGUCCUCACCGCCUCCGACGAGCGGACCGUCAGCCCCGUGAAGCUCGUCCACCUCGCCCACGACUGCAAAAUCAAACUCCCCGUCGGGAGCAAAUGCGGAACUUACACCAUCGGGGGGCGGGUGCCACCACCAUCCGCGCAUGCCUGAGGAGCUUCGGUCAUGGGGAUCGCGCGAGAGGAAGGCCGGUGAAGGAGAUGGAGAGAUCAUGGCAGAAUAACUACUCUAAAUAAAGUGCGUGCGUGCGUGUGUAUGCUGAGCUAGUGAGCUAUCGUCAUACGUAGAAUGUAAUGUAAUCUGCCAUGGCAUGUUACCGUGAGAUCCCAAUAAUAAUAAUAGUAACAAUAAAAGCCUUCCAUCUAAA